CUGCUCUCGCAAACCUGAAUUCCGCGACCAGAGUGGCUUAACUUACACGCAGUUAGCAGCAGAGACACUUCGCACGUUUCAGGCAUUUUAUAGUCCUUUAGGAUAUCCGGAUACGUGAAAACACUCGGGCUCCGUUUAACAAUGGAGGCAUAUUUACGGAGCUGUCGCGAUGUGCUUAAGGGUUGUAGUAAGAACAGCCCAGGGCUGCAUGUCGUAAUGGGAAAUGAGGCUUGUGAUAUGGACUCAAUGGUAUCGGCCCUGACCUUCGCCUACUUUCUUUCAAAGAGUCUCGAUUGUAAGAGGAUGCCGGUCCCUGUGCUCAACAUCCCACGGGCUGAGUUCCCCUUGCGCUCCGACAGCACCUUUCUGCUGAGAGAGACCGGUCUGUCGCAGGACUGCCUGCUCUUCAGGGACGAGUUGGACCUCCACGGCCUGCACAGGAACAAACAGCUGACGCUGACGCUGGUCGACCACAAUGUUUUGGCCGGUGCUGACAGUGAGCUAGAGGACGCCGUCGUGGAAGUGAUUGACCAUCACCUCCUACAGAGGUCCCCCUCCUGUCCCGUCACUGUGGAGCCCGUGGGCUCCUGCGCCACCUUGGUGACUGAGCGCAUUGCCCAAAAAGCUCCCGAAGUGCUCGACCAACAAGUGGCUCAGCUUUUAUACGGUACCAUUAUCCUAGACUGUGUUAACAUGGCACCUGAAGCAGGUAAAGUCACCCCUAAGGACAGCCAAUACGCCGUCUUUUUGGAGAAACGUUUCCCAAAUCUGCCUCAGAGGGGCGUUCUCUUUCAGUCGCUACAGAAUGCCAAGUUUGACGUAUCAGGCCUCUCUACGGAACAGAUGCUGUUGAAAGACAUGAAAGCAGCAUCUGGUGGGGAUCUAAAAUUGGCUGUCAGUGUCAUUUACAUGACACUAGAGUCUUUUCUUCAGAGGCGUGGACUACAACAGGACCUCUGUGAGUUCUGCCACAAUCACAACUACAACCUGGUGGUUGCCAUGACGAUCUCUUUCAUUGACAACAAGGAGCCCUUCCGACAUCUAGCCGUCUACAGCUCCAGCACUGUCUACAGGGAAGAGAUGAGUAAAGCACUAGAAAAAGCCAAAAACCCCAGUCUGGACCUUAAGCCAAUGAGCAGUCCGUAUCCAGAUGUGAAGGCUUUUAUACAGGGUAACACAUUAGCAUCCCGCAAGAAGGUGAUGCCCAUAAUCUCAGACUUCCUGAAGGAGAGAGAAAGAAAAGUGUAUCAAAGUGGGAACAUAGAGGACCUAGAUCUGGACGAUGAUUCCAAUCAGGAACAGAGUGACUUGCAACAGUGUCCCGAGGAUGCUGGGAUAGAGGACGACGGCCAGGUUCCUCCAACACCAAUGAACAGUCUGGUGGAGGGUUGUCCCUUAGACAAUGGCUUACCAAAAAUCAGUCCUGAGGUUUUGGUGGAGAAAGUUAGCAAGAUGGCCAGCAUGGAGGACACGUCUUCUGAGACACAGUGAAGAGAAUCUGUUGUCCGAGAGAGUCUCGAAUAAGAGCCGGAGAAGGAAAGUUCUUCUGCAUCUUCAAGAGGACGAGGUGCACAUCCAACAGUGCUGCAUCAGGGCUUGAGAGUGAAAUGGCACUGUUUUGAUCUGGUUAACUCACAAAGGUACGAUACAGUCUGAAGAGACCGUUCUGUUGACUUUCUAAAGACCGGUACAUGAGCAUUCAAACGGAGCAUUACAAAAAUGCAUCAUAUAUAAAAUGUUUGAAGUUUGACUAUCGUAAAAAAAAAAAAAGAAAUCAGGUUUAGACUGUUUAUUUAUUGUUCACAGUCAUGUUCACAUUUGAUCUUCUAAAUGAAUCAGAAUUCUCACUGAGACAUAUAACCGUUUAAUCAUUUUAUUUAAAAUUGACAAUAUGCACCCUGUGCAAGCUAGCAACUGACGAUUAGUAGAAUAUACUAAUUCAGAGGUAUUAUACAAUUAAUUAUAACUUGGUAGCUAUUGUUGCUUUUGAUGCAAGUAGCACACUUUACUCUUUGUAGUGUUAAUUAAAGAAGUUAUUUCCAGCUUGUCUGCAGAUCAUUUAUGUGGCAUGGCAUCGCUUCUCCCCAAAAAUCAUUUUGACGUCUCCCUUGAUUUACAAAACUAAAUGGAAAAUGCAUUUACAGUAACACUUUUACAGUAUUAUCCUAGUCAUCAUUUAAAUUACAUAUAUACAGGUAUAUGUAUAUCUCAAAAAGUGCAGGUAUAUACGCAUUUACGAAUGAGUUUGGGAUGAGUCAAAAUUACAUCUUAAAUUGAUGAGGUAAUGUCAUUUUAUUUCACCCAGCAUCAGAUGUAAAUGAUGGUGAACGUGCAUUGGAUUUAGUACAUAUUGUCAUGAUUCCCCAAUAAUAAUUGUAAUGGAGUUAUUGUUGGUAUGUGAAAAGUGAGCGUAACCCUUCUGUGGCCUUUUGCCUGUUAUAGGUGUUAACUGACCUGCUCCUGGUUAGAAUCGGGGCACCUGCAUUUUAGUUAAAGAGAUUUUACCUUUAACUACCAAAGACCUCAGUUGUAUUUGUUUGUUCAGCAUGUUAACCUUUUAAGAUUUAAAACUUUAGUAUUCUGUUCCUUUCUAUUAUUUUAUCUUACUUAAUUUAUUCAAUGAUUUGAUGGCUCUAGAGGUACAUUAGUUUGAAAAACAUUAGUUUAAGAUUUUUUUAAUGAACAGCCCAUUUGAUUUGUUAUACGGAAAGCAGCUUAUUAGCAGAUUCAAUCAUACUUGGACUAUCAUCGUAAUUAUAAUAUUCAUUAUAUUAAUACAAAAGCUCAAUCAAAGCCGUUUUUAAGGCCUAAUUGGAUGAAUCAUAUAUAUAUAUAUAUAUAUAUAUAUAUAUAUAAAUAAAAGGAGUUUUUUUUCCCAAUUGAAGAUAAAAGAACUAAUUUAGUUAUGACUCAAGUAACAGUUCAACUAAAAUAUCGGACAUGGAACAUAUAAGAUGGUAUGUUGGUGUUUUGAGAUGUUGUGUGUCCCCUGUGAUUUAACCCUGACCGACAGUUUGGUGAGAUUUGACAUGGUGACAGCGUAUUGCUGCAUGCCGCCUCAGGAGAACUAAACACAUACUAGUCAAUUCUGCCAAACUACAUAAUGCCAAUAUCCUAAUGAUGUUGUGUGAAAUGUUGAUUUAAUGUAAAUGUAUUAAUGUGCUAUGGUUGUGAAACAGGACAUUCAAGAGCACAUCCUCUGUCAAGUAUUUUAUUGCCAAGGACUUUUUUUAUUUGAAGUUCUCUGUGACUCAUUAUGAUUAAAACAUUUUCAAAUUA